AUGUCCGCGCCAUCCUCCAUCUCCCAGACGCUCUGGGCCACGCAGAUCCCCCUGCACAUUACUCACCGGUCCUCGCCCACCACGCCCUUCAUCACCAGCGUCCCCCGCUUCAGCUACCUGUCGCUGCUGCUGCCACGCCUCUCCGCCUUUUUUGAUGCUCCGUGCUCCAGCUUCCAUUUUGAGGAUGUGCAGCUGAGGAACCUGGCCGUGGGGCUGCUGGCCGACCUGUAUGCGCCGAGUCUGCCAUGGCGGCUGGUUGUGGACGAUGGGAUUGCCUGGGAUAUCGGAGAUACCUUUCUAAACAGCGUCAAAGAGGCCGACUUCGUUCGCUACGGCAACGCCAACCAAAUCAUGAAAAUGUCAAAGGACCACACCACCCAGCUCUGGAACGCCGUCAUUGACAACGACUACGUUGCAUUUUCCAAAAUCCACACCCGCCUACUCAACGCCCCAGCCACCCUCAAGCAUGUGCCCAUACGUAUCUACAUCCCCUCGACACCUCCCCCUAAUGCAGGAAGCGGCAGCUCUCCUCCUGCUCUUGCAGCCGGUGAAGCUGGAUCGUUCAAGGUCGUCCAGUCCUUGGUCCCUGUCGUCACUCCGGACCGAAAGCCAAAGCUGCUGGGACAGGCUCUCAAGGACCUGAUGCCCAUGCUGUUUCCCAGCAGUCGGGACCCUGUGCUGGCGAGCGUGGUGCUUCACGGGGUACCCGCUCCGUUUAAUGCCCCCUUGGGGGAAAUGAUGAGAGAGGCUGCCUAUCCCGAUGGUUGGCUUUGCUUUGUCGUGGUUGUAUGA